UCCUCCCAGUCCCUGCAGCGGAAGUGAGUCCAUUUUUUCCUCCUCAGUCGAACUGGAGCUGCUCUCGGAGCCACAGGCAGGGCAACACGCGCCCAUGGGAGCUCGUAUCUUCAGCCAGUGUUGAUGGUUCUUUCCCGGAGGAAGCAAAUAUAAGCGUGGACGACCGAGUGGAGGCUUGGAGCAUUCGUCUGGUGUGUUCCCCCUCCCCUUCCCCUUUGCCCCAUGCUGUCUGAGGAAAAGCCUGCGUGAAAUUCCUCCACGCCGAAAACGAGCCCACCGUGGGGAAAGAAGGCUAGCUAGGAGGUAGACCGCCCCCUCCCUUUUCCCCUCCAUAUGAUCGUUAUCUAUAAGAGACUACAUGUUUGUUUUUAACGUUUUUUUUUCCACGUAAUGUCCGCUCCGUGGUUGUCGCUUCGGUGAAUUGUCGACCACCCUUGGGUUCGAGGUUGGACUCCAAACUGAAUCCACUCCCCACCGAUAGUGACCCACUGGGGGCUAAAACAUAAGAACUGAACUGAACGAAGCUGCUGUUUGUUUCCCCACCAGAACGCCGAGCUCCGUGGUCAUGUUGCCGACCCGGUGGGGGAGGAGAGGCCGUGCCCCCUCCACCUAGACGCGGAACACUGGAUCACUCCAGAUAUUAUUGUUAUUAUUAUUUUUGCCUUAGUUUAACACCUCCUGCCUCCCACGCAGAACCACAAACGUUGUUUGAUGUUGUCACGUUUCAGGGAUUGAUUGAUUGAUAACGUCUUACUGCCAUCUGAUAGUUCAGUUUAAAAACUACCUCGUUGAUUAUCGCAUCGCAUCUAAGUUAUGUAUUAGAGACAUAUCCGUGCGCAGAUGAACACCCUUCUCCCCGGUGAAGUGACUUGAAUGCCUCAUGAAUCUACCUCAAACAACAGCUUUUCACCAGCUCGACACAUCGGCUCGACGUGUGCCCAAAUGUAUACCUCAAUUGUAAACUGAGCCUUGUGUUUGAGGCGACGCCACAGAUGGCUUCAUUUCCCGACUCGGAACUGCAGACUUGCCCGCUCUGCAAGGAGCUGUGCGGCUCCUCGGCCCCUAUUUCCUCCAGCUCGUCCACCUCCUCUUCCUCCUCCCACACCUCUUCCUCCUCCAGCCAGACCAGCAGGAGGCUCCACGUCCUGCCCUGCCUCCACGCCUUCUGCAGGCAGUGCCUGGAGGGCCAGCGCUGUCCGGGAGACCCGCUCAAAUUACGUUGCCCCACCUGUGACCAGAAGGUGUCCAUCUCGGAGGCCGGCGUGGAAUCCCUGCCUUCCUCCAACUUCCUCUUCAGCAACCUCUUGGAUGUGGUGGUGAGCACCAAGGAGCAGAUCCAGAACAAGAAUGGCCACCACCACCCCAAUCGAGGAGGCAUGGGCUCCUCGGGCUUCCAUCCCUCCCACGGAGGCCAUCUGCACCCCCCGCAUCUCAUGGCAGAGCCUCAGUGCAGUUCAUGCGACGAGGAGAACCUGGCCACGUCCCACUGCCUCGACUGCCAAGAGUAUCUGUGUGACAACUGUGUGCGUGCACAUCAACGGGUGAGGCUCACCAAGGACCACUUCAUCGAGCGCCUCGGGGAGAACCUCCACCUGGGCCGAGUCAACAGCAGCCCAGGCCAACCGGGCAUGUCGGUGUCCCUCGCCCAGUCCCUGCAAAACAACUUUGCGCUGCUCUCCCUCUUCCAGGACCGCAUGAGCUUCUGCCAACACCAUGACAAUGAGGUUUUCCUGUUCUUCUGCGAGAGCUGCUCGGUGCCCAUCUGCAGGGAGUGCAGCAUGAGCCGCCACGUGGGCCACACUUUUGUUUACCUCCAAGAUGCAGUGCAGGACUGCAGGACCGUCACCAUCCAGCUGCUGGCCGAUGCACAGAAGGGACGACAGGCCGUACAGCUGAGCAUGGAGAAGGUCCAGGCCAUCGCCGAGCAGGUGGAAAUUAAGGCAAAGGUGGUCCAGACCGAAGUGAAGGCCCUGGUCCUCCGACAUAAGAAAGCGUUGGAGGAGAGGGAGUGUGAACUACUGUGGAAGUUGGAGAAGAUCCGGCAGCUGAAGGCCAAGUCGCUGUACCUGCAGGUGGAGAAAUUGCACCAGAGUCUGACCAAGUUGGACAGCACCAUCGCCGCCGUCAGCCAGGUUCUGGACGAGGGCCGCCACAUUGACGUGCUGCUGGCCCGAGAGCGCAUGCUCACCCAAAUUCACGAACUCAAAGCACUGAGGGGUCUGAUGCAGCCGCAGGAGGAUGACCGUUUCAUGUUCACGCCUCCAGACCAGGCUCUCUACAUCGCCAUCCAAUCCAUGGGCCUGAUCAGCAGCGGAGCCUUUGCCCCAGUCACCAAAGCCCACGGCGACGGGCUCAACGGCGCGCUUCGUGGCAAGCAUGCGGCUUUUACCGUGAUCGGCUACGACCACGACGGCGAGCCCCGCCUCUCCGGCGGCGAUAUGGUGACCGCCAUCGUCAUGUCCGUGGCGGACGCCAACCUCUCCGCCGCAGAGGUGACCGACCACCAGAAUGGCUCGUACACGGUUAGCUACAUGGCCAGGAGUGAGGGGGAGCACCUUGUGUCGGUGUUGGUGUGCAACCAGCACAUUCAAGGCAGCCCCUUCAAGGUGUUUGUGAAAUCGGGCCGCAGCUACGGCUCCCUGGGUUCCCAAGUGUCAUCGUUCGGGGGCGAAGGCGAGGGCGAUGGUCAACUGUGUCGUCCGUGGGGGAUCAGCGUGGACAAGGAGGGAUAUGUGGUGGUGGCAGACCGCAGCAACAACCGCAUCCAGAUAUUCAAGCCCUGCGGCGCAUUCCACCACAAGUUUGGCUCUCUGGGUUCUCGACCCGGUCAGUUUGAUCGUCCGGCCGGGGUCGCCUGUGACAGUCAGAGACGAAUCGUUGUGGCCGACAAGGACAAUCACCGUGUGCAGGUGUUUACUUUCGAGGGGCAGUUCCUGCUGAAGUUUGGGGAAAAGGGCACCAAGAACGGGCAGUUCAACUAUCCCUGGGACGUGGCCGUCAACUCUGAGGGUAAGAUCUUGGUUUCCGACACCAGGAACCACCGCGUGCAGCUAUUUUCCCCCGACGGCUCGUUCCUCAACAAGUACGGCUUCGAGGGGGCUUUGUGGAAACACUUUGACUCACCCAGAGGUGUGGCCUUCAACCACGAGGACCACCUCGUGGUGACCGACUUCAACAACCACCGGCUCCUGGUCAUUCGGCCCGACUGCCAGUCGGCCCGCUUCCUGGGCUCCGAGGGCAUCGGUAACGGUCAGUUCCUGAGGCCCCAAGGCGUGGCCGUGGACCAGGAGAACCGAAUCAUCGUGGCGGACUCGCGCAACCACCGCGUGCAAGUGUUUGAGCCCAAUGGAAAUUUCUUAUGCAAAUUUGGAACCCAGGGGAGCGGCUUUGGACAGAUGGAUCGUCCCUCCGGGGUGGCCGUGACACCGGACGGCGUCAUUGUGGUCGUCGACUUUGGGAAUAAUCGCAUCCUCAAGUUCUAGGAAACGGAACAUUCGCUCCCUCGAUUUGGCCUUUUGCUGGGUUUUUUUUUUUGUUUUUUGUUUUCUCAACAAAGGAAAUGGAGGCGAGAGAAUGAAUCAAAAAAAAGUGACACGAUGGGAGGAGGAGAGCUCAGAGGAUUGAGAGCACGU